AUGGAAGGAAGGGACGCAUGCUGUGGGAGUAUGCAGGAAUUCGCCUCCUGUCUCCACGAUUGCGAACUAGGAAAUAUUGGGUUCAAGGGUCCGUCCUUCACCUGGAAACGAGGUCAGGUUUUUGAGCGUUUGGAUAAAGCAGCUGCCAAUUCGACUUGGGUUUCAGCUUUCCCAGAUAGAUACAUUAUGCAUCUUUCUUACUUUAGCUCUGACCAUAGACCUCUCUUGCUUUGGGGAGGAGUCAGGUGGGUGGAAGCUUCUGCGCGUUUUCGAGUUGAGGCAUCCUUCUGGCAUGAGCACUCUUUCAAGGAGAUUAUUCGCAAGAAGUUUAGACUCCAUGCUAGGCUGUUGGGUAUUGAUGUUGAACUUCAAAGGCAGCCUAGUAGUACCCUUGAAUUCCUAUAUAGACAAUUGUGGGAUGAGUUGAAUGGGAUCUAUAUUAAGGAGGAGUUAGUGUGGUUUCAAAGAUCGAGGCAGAAGUGGUUGGUGGAUGGGGAUAGGAACACUAGGUUCUAUCAUUCAACAACCCUAACCUGUAAAAGACGCAACAAGAUACUGUCUCUAAAGAAUGAGAUGGGGGAAUGGAUUACUAAGCCUGGGGAGUUGAAGAAUAUGGUGCUGGACUUCUAUAGGAAACUGUACACUGAGGAUAACUAUAACGUGACCCAUUUUCCUCUGUUGGGAGGUUUUCCCAAGGUCACCAGCUCCUCGUUUAGUCAUGUCCAGAGGGUUCCUGGUCCCGCGGAGAUUAGAGAGGUGUGUAUGAGCAUGGAUGGGUUCAAGGCUCCUGGGCCCGAUGGAAUGCAAGUGUGUUUCCUGCAAGCUCAAUGGAAUGUAAUUAAAGAAUCCCUGGUCAAUAUAAUAAGAGACAUUUUUAUAGACCCUAGAAGAAUGGGGAAUAUUAACCGAUCUUCAAAUUGCCUGAUACCCAAAGAAGACAACCCUGAUUCCCUAAAUAAAUUGCGACCAAUUAGCCUUUGUAACGUGGUGUUCAAGGUGGUCACAAAGAUCCUUGCUAAUAGGUUAAAAUUGUAUCUGAAUGUAUUGAUCCUACCUAAUCAAUGCAGCUUCAUUAAGGGGCGGCAUAGCAGCGAUAAUAUUAUCAUUGCGCAAGAAAUCUUCCAUUCCACGAGACUCAAGAAGGGUGGGGUGGGGUGGAUGGCUAUUAAGGUUGACCUGGAAAAAGCUUACGAUAAGGUUAACUGGGAUUACCUUCGCCAAACUCUUCAGGCUGUAGGGCUUAAUGAUGAGACGGUUAAUCUGAUUAUGGAAGGGGUAACUUCCACGGUCAUGAAUAUUUUGUGGGAGAGAGAAACCAUUGACGACUUCAUGCCCACCAGAGGAAUCAGGCAAGGAGACCCUUUGUCUCCAUAUCUAUUCGUGCUAUGUAUCGAUAGACUGGCUCAUCUGAUUCUGGAGGCUACCUCGCAUAAGCUAUGGAAACCUGUAGUGCUGAAAAAGAAUGACCCUCCUAUUUCGCAUUUGUUCUUUACAGACGAUUUGCUGCUCUUCGCAGAAGCAUCUGUCCAGCAAGCAACGAUCAUCAGUAAAAUCCUGAAGUGUUUUUGCGAUUCAUCAGGUCAAAGAGUUAGCAAAGAGAAGACCAGAGUGAUUUUCUCUAGGAACGUGAACCAUAAUAGAGUCAUGCAGAUUGCCCGGGAGAUGGAUUUUCCUAUCGCGGCAGAUCUUGGUAAAUACUUGGGCAUACCUAUUCUGAGUGAGAGAGUCAGGGCCUCAACCUUUGCUUUUAUCUUAGACAGAAUGGAUAAAAGAUUAAACAAAUGGAACAGGUCCUCACUAUCUCUUGCAGAUGAUCUUAUACCGGAGCUGAAGGCGAGCUGUCAGGUCUCAAAUCUUUGGAGGGGAGUUAUGCGCAUAUGGUCAAAAGUGGUGGCAGGUUCCAGGAUCCUCAUCGGGAACGGGUGUGAAACUAAUUUCUUGAGGGACAGGUGGCUGCCUCUGAAUGAGAGGGUGAUCAUUAAGGAUGCUAUUCAUAUACCGGAGGAGGUGCACGACUGGACGGUAGACAGGUUGGUUAGCACACAUGGUAACUGGAAUUGGGAUUUAUUAUACAGUUUAUUGUCUCCUGCAUCGUGUGCGAGUAUUGCUAGUGUUAUGCCCCCUAGCCAUGACAGAAGGGAGGAUUAUGUCAUCUGGGGCUUGUCAGGGGAUGGGAUGUUUUCUGUUAAAUCUGCAUAUCACAUGUUAACAGAUAGGGAUGAGAACGAUGGAAGGGAUAUUAGAGAGAAAGCUUGGCUUUGGAAGGAGCCAAAAAGGGUGCAAUCUUUCCUUUGGCUAGCGCUAGGAAACAACCUGUUGACAAAUGAGAGGAGAGUUCAUAGACAUCUCACAGAGGAUAAUGUGUGCCCUAAAUGUAAUGAGGGAGUUGAAGAUUUAACACACGUGCUACGAGAGUGCAAAUGGAGCAAGGCACUGUGGGGGUAUUUUGACAUGGAGAGACGAUGGCCUGAUUUCUUCUCCUCAUCGGGCCAACAAUGGAUUAUCAGGAAUCUGGAAAGUAAAUCCAGGGUUCUCAAUUAUGAAUGGAGAGAGUUAUUUGGAGUGCUCUGCUGGCUUAUGUGGAGAGAUAGGAACAGCCUGGUUUUUGAGAAGAAAACCGCUCUGCAGGAUGCCAUUAUUAGGAAAGCCAAAGUCUUCGUCUCGCAGACGGAAAUAGCCUACAAAGAGUUACGCAAGCAUGCUUUGAACGUUCGGGUGGUUGAGGAGAGGCUUAUUUUUUGGAAGUUCCCACAGGAAGGGUGGUGUAAACUCAAUUUUGAUGGCUCUUGUUUAGAAAGGGGGAGGAAGUCUAGCUGUGGGGAGUAA